AUGAAUCUAACGGAAAUCAUUUCAAAGGUUGAUAUUAAAUUCAGAUCCUUUCAUUUCAUUGUCAAAGAAAAAAUGAAGAAAGCAGGGGAUCUGUUGAAUUUUCAAAUACAAGACGUACUUCCAUUUGGAAUUGCCAGAAAGAUUUUUAAUCGCAGAGGGGUCGACGAAAAAGUCGGGGAAACGCAACACGACUGCUGGCUUAUGUUCAAAAAAAAUAGAGUACAACGAAUAAAGGAAAAACUUAUGAAGAGACCAGUUACAGGAAAAGAUCCUUAUGAUAGUCAAUAUGGGACCUCACCACCCAUAUGCAUGAUGGCGAGGAUGUUGUUGACUGUGAACCCAUAUUGGGUUAUUUACAUAGAGGAAUGGAAAAAAAUUGCCGAAAACCGCGCAAUUAUACAAUAUUUACCUUAUGUAACGCGAUGGGAUUAUUUAGCUACUAUGUUUACAGAAGCAAUAACAGUAAAUGGACCAGAACAAUUGGGAAAUAUUCAAGUUCCUAAAAGGGCCAGCUAUAUCAGACUUCUCAUCUGUUAUGGCUUGGCCCUUUUAUGGCAGAUAUUGGGGCACAGACUCCCUUUUUUAUUUUUCAGAGAACGAGAAUUUGUAUAUGAUCUAUUCGAAGCUGCCACCGGUAUGAGAAAGAUGCAUAAUUUUUUUCGUAUUGGAGGAAUAGCGGCUGAUUUGCCUUAUGGUUGGAUAGAUAAAUGCUUGGAUUUUUGUGAUUAUUUUUUAACAGAGAACGGGUUGAAGGCGUUGGGAUUAUUAGUGGGGAAGAAGCAAUAA